UCAGCGGCGGGCCUGUGGGCGUGGCGUCGCCCCACGAGUUCAGUUUUUCGCCGGCCCUGGAAAGCUUUCAGUUUCGUUUCCAGCCGACGUCCUCGGCCCUCGGGAGCUGGAGCUUCGGGGCCAGCUCUCCUUGGCCGCCGCCGGCGUCCAGCCUGCCGCGGUUCGACUCCACCGCGGCGGCCAUGACGCAGGUGACCGACGUCGCUGAGGUGGCCCAGGUGCUGUGCGCGGCCGGGGGCGCCUUGGAGCUGGAGGAGCUGCGGCGCCGCUUGCCGGGGGGCGUCGGCGCGGACGCGCUGGAGCGGCUGCUGAGGGAGCAGGGGCGCUUCGUGGUGGUGCGGCGGGCCGGCGCGGGCGGCGCGCGGGCCGUCCAGCGCGUGAUUCUGGCCGCCUCGGCGCUGCGACUCUGCCGCGCGCACCAGAGCGCCAAGCAGGGCUGCAUGGGGCUCUGCGCGCAGCUGCACCUCUGCAAGUUCCUGGUCUACGGGGCCUGCAAGUUCUUGGCGGCCGGGAAGAACUGUAGGAAGACUCACAGCUUGAGUACUGAUCACAACCUCAGUGUAUUGAGAUUUCAUGGCGUCGACCAUCUCAGCUACAGUGAGCUCUGCCAGCUCUUGUGUCAGAAUGACCCCUGGCUUUUGCCGGAGAUCUGCCUUCAUUACAACAAAGGAGAUGGACCCUACGGCUCCUGUUCCUUUCAAAAGCAAUGUAUCAAACUCCAUGUCUGCCAGUAUUUUUUACAGGGUGAAUGCAAGUUUGGCACUAGCUGUAAAAGAUGCCAUGAUCUCUCUAAUUCUGAAAAUCUGGAAAAACUGGAGAAGUUGGGCAUGAGCUCAGACCUGGUGAGCAGGCUGCCUUCCAUUUACAGAAAUGCUCAUGACAUCACGAAUAAGAACUCUGCCUCCAGUAGAGGGCACCCUUCUAACUCGGGCUCUCAGGGGACUUCUGAAAGAAGAGGUAGUUCAGAUUCUGUGUCCCCAAAUACUGCUAACCAAGAGGAGAGUGAUGAGAUCUGCUUGUACUAUAUCCGGAAUAGUUGCAGCUUUCAAGAUAAGUGCAACAGAGUUCAUUUCCAUUUGCCAUAUCGAUGGCAAUUCUGGGACAGAGGCAAGUGGAAGGAUUUGGACAAAAUGGAACUUAUUGAAGAGGCGUAUAGCAAUCCCAGGGAAGACAGGAUCCUAUGUGUUAAGUCGGCCAAUAACUUGCACUUUGAUUAUCUGGACUUUAACUCCAUGAUGUUUGGUGCUUCCCGGGCUCGCCGCCUUUCCACGGCUUCCUCUGUCACCAAACCUCCACACUUCAUCUUCACUACUGAAUGGGUUUGGUACUGGAGUGAUGAGUUUGGUUCUUGGCAGGAAUAUGGAAAACAAGGCAUGGAGCACCCUGUGCCCACCAUCAGCAGCAGUGAUUUGGAGAAGUCCUACCUGGCAUACUGUGUACCAGGGUCUGACGCCCAGGCAGCCACUCUGAAGUUCCAGGCUGGAAAGCACGAAUAUGAAUUAGACUUCAAAGCCUUUGUUCAGAAAAACCUUGUCUAUGGCACAGCCAGAAAGGUUUGCCGGAGACCCAAAUACGAGUCUCCCCAGGAUGUGAAGGUGAAGCAAACCUGUACUGUCAAGUUUCAAGGCCCAAGGAGCAUCCCUGAGCACUGGGAUCCCUCAGCCCUGCCAGACCCUGGCUUUAAGAAGAUUGUCCUCAGUUCUUCAUCGGCAGAGUAUCAGAAGGUCUGGAACCUCUUCAUCGAUACACUGCCUUUCUACCUUGUUCAGAAGAUCGAGCGAGUCCAGAACCUGGCCCUCUGGGAGGUCUACCAGUGGCAAAAAGGGCAGAUGCAGAAGAGGAAUGGAGGGAAGGUGGUAGAUGAGAGGCAGCUAUUCCAUGGCACCAGCGCUAGCAUUGUGGACGCCAUCUGCCAGCAGAACUUUGAUUGGCGUAUCUGUGGUCUUCAUGGUACUUCCUACGGCAAGGGGAGCUACUUUGCCCGAGACGCCGCGUAUUCCCACCACUACAGCAAAUCUGACACGAAGUGCCACACAAUGUUCCUGGCUCGAGUGCUGGUGGGCGAGUUCAUUCGAGGCAAUGCCUCCUUUGUCCGACCCCCAGUCAGGGAGGGCCAGGGCAACGCCUUCUACGAUAGCUGCGUGAACAGCAUGUCUGACCCCUCCAUUUUUGUGAUCUUCGAGAAGCACCAGGUCUACCCGGAGUACGUCAUCCAUUACGCCACCUCCGCCAAGCCAGCAGCUGCAAGUUCCACCCUGUUCUCCUUCGCGUCUUUCUUUGGCAUCCGACAGUGAGAGCUUCAGGAUGUUUUCUGUGCCUUUCAGGCCUGUCUUCCUUGAAAUAGCUAUUUAGUAAAAAAAAAUUUUUUUUAACAAAUCCGUUUUAAUGAACUGUUUAAUGUUGCUGUCUCAAUGAAGCUACAUUCUUAACCUCUUGCUGUUAAUAGUUUUGGGUUUUAAGCCACUUUUGGGCUCAUUAGUGGACUAGUAAUGUUUGUAGAUGAGCCUAUUAGUCUUUUUACUAGUGUGUCAAAGUUUUAUUUUUUACUGUCUUUUUUGACUUUGCUGCUGAUUGGCACUAGGCAAUCACAGGGUUUCCAGGUAGUAUUUUAUGGAUUGCUUUUAAUUUUUAAGUGCUUCUGUCUCUCCAGUGAUUUGGUUUUUUGAGGUCUUGGUGGCAUCUUGUUUUAUUUUUUGUCAGAGUGUCACAGUAGCUGUCAGUACAGGGAACCAACUAUGCUGUGGCCCAGGGAGGCCCAUCACUGCAUGUGUUGCUCUGGCUCUGUUAAUUUGGGCAGCUGUCCUGCUGCUUCUCCUGGGCUUCUUGCCUUGGAUUUGGCCCAUAUAUCAUGCAGUUAGAACAAGUAGCUACUGUGUGGUGUCACUGAGUCCUUGUCGCUUUCCCUCUGUCCUGGAUGGGUUCAGCGUCACUCAGAGGGAGUAUGUUCACCCCAGCAGGUGACAUGUGAGUGGCUUUCUGUGAGGCUGUGCCUGUGAACGCCUGUGCCCGCAUCUCCCAAGUUUACUGGAUACCCUCACACUAUGGGCUUAUGUCACCAUGGGAUUUGAAUACCUGUGCUGCAAAUGUCACAACAGUUUAUGGAAAUAAAAGAAUAUUUAUCUGAA